UGCCAAGAGGCAGCUGCCCACGAUGAAAGGCAGCCUCUGAUGGCGACUCCGAAGAAGAAAGGCCUAUUUAGGCGCCUGCGGACGGCCCUGAGCAUUAGCAAGGCCGCGCGGGUGGCCCCAGCAGUCGAUCUAGCGGCACAGCUAGACACAGCAGGCGCCGAAGGCAUCGACGCCGUGCGCCAAUCCACUGACUUAGAUGGAGAGGACGCCGCCGCAGUCAAGAGGUGGGCGCGGCGCCUCGCCCAUCAAACAAGAAGGAAGGAGACAGUCGACGAGGACGACGACGUCGUCGAAAGACUGCAGAGCUCGCCGACGCACUUCGGACGGUCGCUGUCGGAAGCGACGGACGACCUCGUGACCGUGUCGCCGGAUCGUGAAACCCAAUUACCGUCGAAGCGCUACGAGGUGCCCGACCUGCAUCUAGGAAGGCUAGGCACACAGAAACCAGGACUGAUGUCGCCGCUGCCGCGCUUCUCGGCGCGGUUGACGAAUAGGACCGCGCGUGCUUCGGCGCGCACGCCGUCAGCUAGAGACGGGUCUACUUAUCGACUUCAGACGGCGCGGCUGCGGGCCGAGGUGCAUUCAUCAGAUCAUUUCGCGGCCUUCGCGGCGCUUGAGAAUGAGGAGGCGCCUUUAUUGUGUUUGGAGGACGACCAUUGGGUCCGGCGCGUUUGUGUGGCGCGUCUGUCGGAUGAGUCGGUCGACGUCCUCCGGGCGACGUGUGCUGCUCUGUCAGGUAACGAUGACGACGACGCGGCGUUUGCGUUCGAGGCGUUUUGUGCCGCAGUAUCAAACCGCUCUUCUAUCACGGAAGCGGUGGCUUUAUCAAAGAGGUGCGGCUUCGACGUCCGCGACCGCGUGCAAGACGCCGAAGAAGGCGAUAAAGCUUUGUUGUGCGCAUUUUUGAAGGAUGCGCAGGUCGCUUCGACAAUCCUCAAGAAAGGCAAGGGACGGCGCUCGAUGCAUAGUUGCCGCGCGGCGCUCGAGCAAAUUGAGCAAGUAGAAGACGAAGAAACGGCCCAGGCCGUCGUGCGGCACGUCGACGCCUGUUUGUAUGAUGAGGACCACACGGCCAUCCAAGCGCUUUUAUGCUUGCGAAGGCUCCUCGCGGGCGGUUCACCCGUCUUGAUACGGUACGCGUUGAAGCCAAAUAAAUCAUUACUAAGCUUCGCGUCCGAACGACUGGACCACGGUUCUUCCCAAGCAGCACAUGUCGCUUUGAGGACGGCUACGUAUGCCCUCGUGAGAGGUAGGGACGAGGACGUCCGGCACUGCGCAUCGACGCUGGUGCCCCUGCACACGGAGGCCUUGAAAAGUAGCUUCGAGAGGUGCCACCUCGAGGCUUUAUUGGUCGUCGCGGCGCGGUGCGACUUUACCGAUGUAGUAGAUGCGUUCCGGUACUGCGAGGUCCUCCCGCUGCUCGUGAAGCGAUUGAAUGCCUCGACGGAACGGUCGCAGCCCGAAAGUCCUCUCAAACCCAUCGCCAAGUUCUCCGUGAAUGAUAGUGUAUUGGCGCUCGGCGAGGCGAGGAACGGGAAAGAAAGGUGGUUCCGCGCUUGUGUGGAACGCGUCGGCACGCACUCCUACGACGUCCGGUUUGUAUCUACUGGUAGUAUCGAGAGUGUACCCAAGGAGAAAGUCAGAGCGCCUGGUACGAGGCGAGAGCCUUCGUUAGUCGUACCUCUGCAGCGGCCGAAACCGAGCCGCUCGCCUAGAUUAACUUCGUUGGAUGAUGAGCCCUGGUGCCUCGACGUGGAGCCGCUUAUCACUACCAAAAGAUCGCAUACGGAUCUUAGCAUAGAUAUCUCGGCGGCGCGGCGGUCCCACGACGGCGAGAGCGAAUCCUUAUCCUCGAUCGUGGGGCACAUCCCCCAGACGCCCAACAACGUACCAUUGAGUAGUGUCCCCUCCAUCAUAGAAGAUGAUGCGACCCACGACCUCGUCCUCACCCUACUGCUUGUACUGAGUGUGGGCCGGGCGUCGGACGGCGGCGAGCUCGAGCCGGCCUUCUGCACGUCGACGCCACUCAUGGAGACGGGGACCACACUGACCUUGAAAAGAUCCUCGUCGAAUUUAUCAGCCACGGCCCUGCAGAUGCUGAAACCCUCGGAGGGUAACGCCACCGGCCGAAGGACAUUAACGGCCCGCUCGUUGUCGGCUCGCUCAGCUCUAUUAUCUGCUCGAAGUACACCAGACGAUUUGUCUGCGUCAAUCAGGUCGGGCAAGGGUUUGCUGGAUGUCGGUACUGAAGGUGACUCUCUACGCUUCCACGUGCUCGACUGUCUCCACCAGCACCUCAACGAUCCCAAACGUUCACAACAUGUCGACAGGGUGCUUCCUUCCGUUGUCCGUAGGUUGGAGGCCUGGGGCGCGGCCAUGGCGUCGCCUGGUCGGAGUCAUGGCGCGUCGCGAUUGUUGCGUCUGUUGCACGAGCGCGCGACGCCAACUAUACGGAAGGCGCUGGUGGCCGAGCAGCGCGGCGCGUUCAUCGGGCGGGGGCGUUUUGGUGGGGUCGUCGGCGUCGACGAUGGCACGUGUGCGAAAAUAUUGCGGCGAGAACGGUCGAACCGCGAUCGAAGCGUGUGUCACGCGGUGUACGGCGAGGUCUCCGCUUUGUGGCUACUCAAGGGCACUGGUAGUGCCCCGGAAUUGCUGGACUUUGGGUUGUCGCGGGACUGCUAUGUUUUAGUUAUGGAGCGGUGCUCUGAUACAUUGCUGAAUUGGCGCUUUGAUAAGGUGCUAAAUGAUGGUCUGGUGACGGACGUAGCUAGACUCUUCUCCAAGUGUUGUAGAGCCGUCGAGGCGAUGCACAUGAAACGUAUCCUACACCUCGAUAUUAAAUCAGACAACGUCUUGCUGAGGAACGAUGAUAGUGUGUGCCUCGGCGACUUCGGCGAAGCUAGGGCAUUAGGCGAGCGCGACGGCGUCCGACUAUCGAAAGCCCACGGCACGGAGUGCGUGCAAGCGCCCGAAGUCUUGUCGGGUGUCCAGCAGGGCUUCGACGCCUCCGCCAAAGUAACUACAAAGGCCGACUGCUGGGCCCUCGGGUGCUUGUGGUAUGAGCUGUUAACUGGAAACAAGUUGUUCGAGGAGAUGGCUUGUAACGACUGGCCGCGCUUUUUUGUUUUACUGACGGGGGACGGCGAGCUGCCCCCGGCCGACCUCAUGGGGCCCUUGUCUCAUUUGGCUCAAUAUGAAGCGAUCCUGGGUGUCUUUCGCCAUGCAUUUGUGAGAGACGCGUCGAAGCGGGCGACCGCGCGCGAGCUCGCGGACUUGGCCGAUACAUGUGCAUCUUAG